GUAUGAUUAUAGUCACUGUCGUACCUUAAAUUUGACGGACCCUUACAAGCUGCUGGUUGAAUAGUAACUAGUAACACCCAGAAUCGUGCCUGGAGGAAUUAGUUCAGCUCAUAAUUAAUUAUUUUGCUCCAUUUAUAUGAUGGCGCGACUUAACUUCUCUCCUUAAAAUACAGCCGAGCUCCGUCUCCAACACCCCAGUGCAAGCGCAAAUAAGGUCGGGAGCCAGUUUAACUUUAUUUUGUAAUAUCGCGUGAUCUUACGAGACUGCAUGUCCUCCUUGACGACGGUUGUCACUUUGAUGUUACAUCGACGCCAUUUUUGAUGCUACAUCUGCACUUGGCUGUUCUGAAAGCGUUAUUUUCCUAUACUUUAUUGUAAUUCUUGAACCUGCCACCAUGAAUGCGAGCACUUAUGUUCAAGUUGAUCGGAUGAUCUGGUUCCUCCAGCCUCUGUCCCAACUGACUUAUCCUGCCCCUUGCCAUCAACCCACUUCAAAGUCCCUGACCAUCCCUGCCCACUUGUCUCACCUGCCCGUCCCACAGACCCUUCGCCCCAGCACUGUCCCCUCUGUGUCCCUCACUAUCGCUGGUCAGUACAUCGUGGACGACACUGACUUUGUUGAAGUAGAUCUCGUGGAUGAGGAGAUCAUCCAGCCAACCCACUCCUUCCUGAAGGCCUUGCUAUCCAGGGUGGCCAACUUCUUCAGAAGAGUCAAGAGUGUGUUUAAGAAGAAGGAUGAUUAGGCAGUGAACUCUGAACACAUAUGUAUAUACUUAUAUACAAAACAUUUAUGAAUCAUUUUAGGACUGUUGAGGCAUUUGUUACAAUAUUUGGGAAAUACAUAAAAUCUAUCUCUGUUUGUUUUUGGCUAUUUUCUUUAUGUUAAUGAAAUACAUUAUUUGUUACAACAUUUUGUUUUGUGUUGAUUUGUUCCUUUGUCUGUUAUGUUCUGGCUAUGUUCUCGACUAACACAUGGUGAUCACACAUGUAGUCCAUAAACAAUUGCUACAUCUGGGAAGGGAUACAGGUGUACCAUAUAAACAGGCGUUCCACCCACCUUAUUAUUCCACGCCAUGAUGUGGGGCCAGGUAUAUUGGAACGGAGUUUGUCCGUCCAUCUGUCCUUCUCUCUUAGUCUUUCAGUCCGUCUAUCCGCUUUUCAAAGGGGACAAAUUUUCUCAAGGAAUAUUCCAGGAAUAUUACAGAGGGGACCCACUACCCCCUGUUGAUAAGGAGAUUAUCCAUCUCUGGCAGUCUGUGUGUGCAUGUUAGAUAUUGACACAAGUCCUCUAGUCCUUGCCCAAAUGUCCAAUAGUUUAGGUAUCAUGAGGAAUAGUAGAAAUUUGCCAUUUUGAAGGCGUUUGCUAUAAGUUAUCUUUAAAAGGCACAGUGGACUAAAACUGUUAGUUUCUAUCUGAUUUGAAUAGAGGCGAGAACUCGGCUAAACAGAUAUGAUGCAACACCGUUCACAGUUCAUCCAUACAUUUCAACAUGGAAGUCCUACUUUGGGUAUAUGUUCUUGGUACUACUUUCUUUUACUGACUUUUGUAUGCCCAUAUUUUAUGUGCGUAAAUAUAAUUAUUUAAAACGUAAAUAUAUUCUAAUCUUUGAUUUUCUUUUCCUGUUUUGAAUACAUAAUUGUGUUUAUCAUGUUCAUGUUUGUAAUGUUUUCAUUUGUUUGCUAAGGACAUUUCAUUAUCAUGAUGUUUAUCUGAAGUAAGCCAUACAUUGAAAUUUCCAAAAUAUACUUGGUAUACACUGAUACCUUGGCAUGAUAUUCACACAUCAGGAAAGAACAUGCAAAUAUUAUAUCACUUUUGUGAAAUGAAUGGAAGAGCGUGCUGCAAUGUGAAUGGUUGAAAAAAGUUAUUAAAUUUGACCGGUCCCCGGAAAUCUUUGACUGUGUAUGAAUACUGUAUAUCUUUUUGAUUCAAGAAAAGGAGUCAUAUCAUGGAUGGUGAUAUAGGAUGAUGAUCCAUAUUAUUUUUCUCUCAAUCUUCAAUUUUAAAAAUGUACCAUUUUCCUUAGCAAAAUAGAUUACAACACUAAUAUAAUAUUUCGUUUGAUCAAAGCUUAUCAGAAAAUUUUGAUUUAGUUUUGUGCAUUCUGCUGAACAGGCAGGUCACUUAUCAUGGAAACAUAUGAUGUCAUUGAUUGUAUCACGAUGUUCCAGCCUGAUCUGUCUCACAACUGUGGAACAAUGUGCGAAGCCCAUACCUGGUGUCCCCCUGUCGUGAUAUUUCUGGAAUAUUGCUAAAAGCGUCAUAAAACCAUACUCACAACUGUGGAGAGAAGCUAAUAAUUACUGAUGUUUUCCGUAUUUUAUGCUAAGAAAUUGAAACAUUUGAAACCUCCAGCAACCACUGUCAGUCUCAAAUCAUAUGUUGUCACACCAACAAUUCUCUAUAAAUAUA